AUGUCAUCUGACCAACCUCAAAUAGAAGCUCGACGACUUCGGCAAACGCUCGAUAAGCAUAACAUAGCACUUGAAUCUUUUUCAAGUCGUAAAUCAAAAUCUUCAAUUCUUUCAUCACAAGGAUCAGAAUCAUACUCUGAAUAUUUAUCAUCAGUGAUCUCAUUCAAAUGUUCACAUCAUUGUCGUCAACUUAUUCAUCAUAUCACCAAUACAGUCGUUCAAAACAAUUGCGCAAAUCUCACAUUAUCAUUGAGAAAUCUUACAUUAGCAUUAAGAUGUUCUCCAAUGAUGUCAUCAAGUAUAGAAGAAGUGGAAGAAUCAGUUCAAGCCAUCUUUUGUAUCGAUGAUCAUGAUGGAUCGUUUUGUUUGUUUGUUGGCAUUAUGCCACCUAUGCUAUGUUAUGCCAUACCAACCAUUGUUGCUGUCUGUGCAUCAGGCUUGUGCUCCAGCAGUUGCCUGCCUCUGCUGCAGACUGAGUAA